CGGUACGCUUAGGUGAUAACCCAAUUUACGUAAACUGUUUUUUUCCCGACAAACAAAAAGACAACUCUAAAGUGAACACUUUUUCCAGAUAAAAAAAAGACUAUUUCUCCAAAUUUUGUCUGACUCGCUAAGUAAUAUCGCGUUGAAGAUCUUGAACUUGAAAAUUCCUUUUAAGAUCUAAAUGGUUUUUCUCGAGACGAGGACAGGUGCAAAGUAAUUUUAACUACUCUCUUGAGCUGCCUCAAGCGAUAUUUCAACAGUAUGUUUAUUUUUCUCAAGAGAUCGCCUUACAUUGAUCUUUGUCUCACUAGCUGGUUUAAUUUGCCGGUUAAGGUUUAUUUACACAUCCAGGGAAACGUAUCAUAACGAUACGCUGGGAUUACAGCAAUAAACGAAAUUUCUGCGAAGGACGUUAAUUUACGAACGAGCGAGUAACAUCAGCCCCGAGCGAAAACAACUUUGCCAAUUAAAAGUUGCGCGUUUAGAAAAUGUUAACCCACAUUCAUUUGGCUUUUUUUUUUUUCCUGAAAAGCACUAUCAGUUAUUUGCUUUCUAAUUAUCAAAGAUAUUUCACGGAUGGGCAAAGUUUCUUCCUGCAAGCUAUUCCAAGCGACAGUUGCUGCCGUCGAUAAUUCAUUCGAAAGAAAAGAUAAAAAAUAGAACAAAGACCGAUGUUUUUGUAAGCUUUAUUUCUUUUGUGCUGUAUUCAUUUUCUGCCUUUCGUCCUUUCGUGGUAAACUAACAGCGGGGGAGAGCUAAAUUUUCAACUUUGUCUAAUUGGAAAUAGUUUGCAGCGAAAUUCCCUUUCCUUACAUUCUUGUGACAACUACAAUUGAAGCUGUCGUUCGCGGCAAAUAACAUAAUUAAAGCCAGUUUUUGUCCCUUGAUUAGCAGUGUAAACAGAGAGGAAAUCAACCCGAACAAACACAAACGAUGACUAAAGCGACUCUCCAAACACAAUUCAAUAUCUCGGGCCAUAAUAACGCAAACUCCCACAGUUUCGCACUAGAGUUCUCAAGAUGAUUGAAAACUGCUGCAAUCCUACGGAAAUGCCCCAAACAAAGAAUAAUAAGCGACCACAUUGUAGGAGUCUCGCUGGAGUAAAAAACAAACAAAAUUGAAAAAAAAAACAACAACAAACCGAAUAAAAUUUCAAAAGUGCUUUCUGUUAAUAUUCCCGUCGCACACACGCUAAAGAAAAGUACAUGUUUAGAGUUUCGGCUUAGACAAUAGAGCGCACAAUGACCACAAUAAAAUUUGCCAAUUCUCAAUUCGGAAAUAUUUAUCUAGCGGUGCAAAUCGACUGUAACCCAAGUUCUUAAUGACUCUGCAAAUAUGAAAGUCUAUCAGCAGAUUGAAUCUAAUUUGUCAGUGUUCUCUCGGAGUUAAUGCAAUCACCGAGUAUCGAGAGCGCUUGCACUUCAAAACUCACCCAUGCACGCAAAAUCAACGCUGAAUUCAACGGUGUUUUGCCCUCUUAGUUUUUUGAUCCACAGCACAAUACACCAAGACCCCUAGGCCACAGUUUGAAAAGCUCUUUCUCUUUUCGUUUAUUGUGUCGUUCAAUAAAAACCAAUUGACCUCGAAGAAGCGAAGUUCGCUAUGAUUAUUCGCGAGACGGAUCGCACAAUACUGCUUCCAUUAUGUAAAUCGCUGCUUGGAGUCCAUUAAAUAGAGAAAAGCUGAAAAGUUUGUAAAUCUCUUUAAAAAAGCGACAAUGACGCACAGAAAGGCAAGGUAAGCCCUUAAUGAAACACGUGCACAGCGAACAAUAGCGAAUGCCGCAGAUGUGGUGAAGGCAUUGAGCGGAAAACAUUACUAUAUUGAAAUAGUUUGAAAAGCGCACCUGCGAGUCUCGCGCAGGUGUCGCAGCGCUAUCAUUAGAAUAAUGUUUGAAUGAGAAAGCAAAUAGAACCGAAAACUUGCAAUAACUCCGAGAUCAUUGCGGUUUAAUCCAGCGCUAAGUAUUCCCACUUGGACCACACUCAUGCGGCUCUCCAAAUAUCAUCUCUCGGCUGCCAACCGAAAGCCAUGUCGCUUUAGCGCACGUGUUUCAGAGUUAUGGCACAAGAAUUGCCGCCGAACCUUCCCGCGUCAUGAUUGGCCCAGAGCGGAAAUAUACAUAAUUCAUGCGCAAAUAAUUAACACCUAUUGUUUACUUCUUGUAUUAUUAUUGAAAUGAAAUAUUAGCAUUGUCCUAUUAUGUCAUUAUAUCCAUCAGCCAUAAUCACGCCUGCGAGGUGUUGUAGCUGUUGAGCCGGUCAACCAGGCAAAUAACAGAAAGAGGUUGCUCCUUUGAGACCAGUUUGACCGAACUCAGCCUCGCGUGAACAACACAGCUCUCCGCCACCGACUGUCAAGACAACCGCUUUAUUCCGAUUAACAACCAAGAGGACCAUAGAGAACAUGGGUAAGCAAGAUGAAGGACACAUUAAGAGACCCAUGAACGCGUUUAUGGUGUGGAGUCGCGGUAAGAGAAAGCAGUACUCUGCGAUAAACCCGCGAAUGCAUAACUCCGAAAUCAGCAAGCGACUCGGAGCCGAGUGGAAAAUGCUCUCGCAAGAGGAGAAGGAGCCGUUCGUGGCCGAGGCGAAACGACUGCAGGCAAUCCACAUCCAAGAACAUCCCGACUAUAAGUACAAGCCGAAGAGACGCAAACCAAAAUCACUGCAAAAGAAAGAGCUGCCGUCCCCGAUGUUUUCACCAUACAGCGCCCCAAUGAUGGCGGUUGAUAAAUUCUCAACGAAUCAAUUGCCUCAAACAAUAGCUCAUUCAACGGCUUUGUCCGCGGACCCAAUGUAUUCCAAAAUAAACGGAGCAGCAGCGUUUCAUCACUCCGUUUCUCCGGGGUAUCCAGUGAUUUAUCCCAACGUAACCGCAGUUAACAGUCAUCACUCAGUCACUCCACCGUCGCGCCAGCUAUUCGCUAGUUCCUUGGACACGACGCAUUCAUUCCGUGCCGCGGAUGUCAUGAGCCAUAACCGAGCGCUCUACACCAGCCAGGCUUUCCAAUCGGCACUUCCUUCCCAAAUGCAGCAGAGAAUUUCCACUGUCGACGAAACACGCGGCGCAUCUAUCAGCAGUGGUUCAUCAUCGAGUCCAACUGCUUCAAGCAGUGACGCGCCGACCAAGUCAACUGGCUACACAGUUUCAACGGCCGAAAUGAACGGACAACGUGUUUGGCAACCCCAGCAGGACUUGUCCCGGCCAGUUGCCUACGUCCCGAUUGCCAUGAAGAGUAAACUGCGUUUUCCCGCCCAUAUUAAUUUCGCUUAGUUCUAUAUUCGACAUUCGACUACUAAUGUAUAUCAACAUGAUCAGUUUUUUUUUGCCUUAUACUAAGUUUUGUACUAAUUCUUGUCUGAAAUCUGCCAGAAUCAGACUAAACUGAACUAAGAAUAAACGUUUUUUUGAUUAUUAUUUAGAAAGAAACGUGCCACAAAUAUGUCAUUUCAAGACAAUCCCUUGAGGAAAAUUACAGCCUUUUGUUAGGGAAAUGAAAAUAUAUAGUACUAAUACUCGGACAGCCUAUAUAUUAUUAGGUACAAACUGUUGGACAAGGAUGUAAAAUUUCAAGUUUGUAUAGGAAAACCUUUUGUAUAAGUUUCAUUUUUUUCUGUUCAAUACCUAACAAAUUAUUACAUAACAGAAAUACGCUGAUAUUUGAAAAGAAGUAUGUAUAAUUCUUAUCUGUGUAAUAUGAAAAUAAAUAAAAGCGUGAUGUAUACA